AUAGCUAACAUGCGGCAGGGCUUUAAACAGGUCAGAGGUCAGUAGCGAUGGCGCCUUCCUCAAGUUGGUGUUCGAUGGGUUUCCUCCGUUCUCGGCUCUUCCUUGCCUUCCUGCUCCUUGUUUGCGUGUCAAAUGGAGGGAAAACCUUUGCCCAGUCCGCCAGCGGCAAGCCCAACAUAGUCUUCAUCCUGGCAGACGACUACGGUUGGAACGACAUCGGCUACCAUGGCUCGGUGAUCCGCACUCCUAACUUGGACAGACUGGCAGCAGAAGGUGUAAAACUGGAGAACUACUACAUCCAGCCCAUCUGUACCCCGUCCAGAAGCCAGCUGAUGACAGGGAGGUACCAGAUACAUUUUGGUCUCCAGCACAGCAUCAUCUGGCCUCCCCAGCCCAGCGGCCUCCCCCUGGAUGAAGUGACUCUCCCCCAGCGGCUGAAGGACAGCGGAUACUCCACUCACAUUGUGGGCAAGUGGCACCUGGGCUUCUACAAGGAGGAGUACACACCCACACACAGGGGCUUCGAUACCUUCUAUGGCUUUUUGACAGGCAGUGAACACUACUACAGCCACAGGACGCCGGGCAGCAUGAAGGGGUGGGACGGGCUGGACCUGCGGGACCAGGACAGGCCCGUCCUGGACCAGAACGGAACUUACUCCACAAACCUGUUUGCAAACAAGGCCAUAGAGAUCAUCGCACAACAUGACAAGAGCAAGCCCAUGUUCCUGUACCUGCCGUUCCAAGCGGUCCACGGCCCGUUACAGGCCCCGCAGAAGUACAUCUCUAUGUACAGACACAUCAAGGACAGGGACAGGCGCGUCUACGCAGCCAUGACGUCUGUCAUGGACGAGGCAGUCGGGAACAUCACCGACGCUUUAAAACAGUACGGGCUGUGGGACAACACCGUGCUCGUCUUCUCUACUGACAAUGGAGGGCAGGUGUUGAUGGGAGGCAACAACUGGCCCCUGAGGGGAUGGAAGGGCUCACUCUGGGAAGGGGGGAUCCACGGAGUCGGCUUUGUGAACAGCCCGCUGAUCAAAGCAAAAGGCCGGACCAGCGACGCCCUGAUCCACAUCUCUGAUUGGUUCCCUACUCUGGUGGGGCUCGCUGGCGGCUCCACCAAUGGGACGAAGCCGCUGGACAGCCACGACGUCUGGGAAGCCAUCAGUGAAGGAAAGCCCUCCCCGAGAAAGGAGAUCCUCCACAACAUUGACCCUCUGUUCCGCACCAUCUACUACCUGCCUCCCCACCAGUGGGGUGACAACACCUUCAACACCUCCAUGCACGCAGCCAUCCGCUCAGGAGACUGGAAACUCCUCACAGGCUACCCAGGAAAUGGCUCAUGGAUGCCGCCGCCAUCAUCAGACCAGAUCUGCGAAGAAUCGGACGACCCGCCAGGCAAACACCUCUGGCUGUUCAACAUCCGGGAGGAUCCAGAGGAGAGAACAGACCUGUCCAAGAAAUACCCCCUGGUGGUGCAGGAACUGUUGGAGAAGCUGGCUGCGUACAAGAAGACCGCAGUGCCGCCAUUUUACCCAGACCGCGACCCCAGGGCAAACCCUGCCCUACAUGGGGACGUGUGGUCACCUUGGCAGUGAAGGUCAAACUGCACUGAUGCAAGAACUUUACAAUAUCUGAUAUUUUUUAGGAAAAAUGGUGGGAUGAGGGGAAAGCAAUGGAGCUGAAAACAUACACAAAUUAUUGGAUACUCAAAACCUUUCAGUAUUUUACUAGUACUGUUGCAAAGUCCUUAGCUAUUUUUAAACAAUGGAGCUGAAAAGAUACAACACAAAGUAUUGUAAGCAAUAGUGGGUACUCAAAACCUUUUUAUUAAUACUGAUGCAAAGUAUACACAAGAGAAGUAUUGUAAGCAAUAUUGGUUGUUGAAAAUCUGAAGUAUUAUCAUAUAGUUACAUGUAUAUGUCAUGGUGAUAUUUUUUUGUUAUUGUCACUCAGAGCAACAGCCUCUCUUACCUCUUCAUUGCAAUAAGGUCUCUUGUAUGUUGGAGCAAUAUACCUUUUAUGCAAUUUCAUACAAGAUUACAGUAUAUUAGAUUGUACUUAAAACUGACAAGUCACUUAUAUAUGUUUAUGAGAUUAUGUGAGAAAAGUUGUUUAAGGUUCAGAUGUUACAGUAUUUCCUUUCCUUUUGUUAGAAUAUUUUCAUAUUGUACAACACAAUUGUCACCAAUAGGGUCUGUAUAAGGCCUAUCAUAUUUUGCAGAAUAAAACAGCUAUCAAUGUUGAUGGUUGACUUUUAUCACAGUUUGAAUCAUGCAAAGUGUGAUAAUGAAAGUCUCUAGUUCAAAGACUCUGAUUUCUUUAAGCUGGCAGACCAAAGGCCAACAUGAGAGGGGUAUAUAGUAGAGUGGAUUCAUUCCUCAAGCUAACCAACAUCUCGCACACGCAGUCAUCCCUCAGUAAGACACCUGGAGCUGCAUAGUUCCCGUUUAGAAACUUUUCAGCCUGUGACACCAACAUGGGAGGAGAAUCCACAGUCUGUGACCUGUACUACUAAGUAGUACUAAAUAGUCUAGCAUUGUGCUUACACUGUUACUUUUGAAGAUUUAAUAGAGGAUAAAAGAA